UAUAUGCUUCAAAGGACCCAGGACCAAGAUGAAAAUGUUGCUCUGGAGGCUUGCGAAUUUUGGCUGACUUUGGCUGAACAGCCAAUAUGUAAAGAUGUAUUAUGUCGGCAUCUUACUAAACUGAUACCUGUGCUGGUAAAUGGUAUGAAAUAUUCAGAGAUCGAUAUUAUUCUGUUGAAGGGGGAUGUUGAAGAAGAUGAAGCUAUUCCAGAUAGUGAACAGGACAUAAGACCUCGUUUUCAUCGAUCACGGACAGUAGCUCAGCAACAUGAAGAAGAUCAUAUUGAAGAUGAUGAUGAUGAUUACAAUGAACUUGAUGAUGAUGAUACUAUUUCUGACUGGAAUUUAAGGAAAUGUUCUGCUGCUGCUCUAGAUGUCCUGGCUAAUGUAUUUCGUGAUGAACUUCUGCUGCACAUCUUGCCCCUUUUGAAGGAAUUGCUUUUCCAUCCUGAAUGGAUAGUUAAAGAAUCUGGUAUCCUUGUUCUUGGAGCAAUUGCUGAAGGCUGCAUGCAGGGUAUGAUUCCAUAUCUUCCUGAGCUGAUCCCUCAUCUUAUUCAGUGCCUCUCUAAUAAAAAGGCUCUUGUGCGCUCCAUUACUUGCUGGACUCUUAGUCGCUAUGCACACUGGGUAGUUAGUCAACCCCCAGACACAUACUUGAAGCCGUUAAUGACUGAGUUGCUAAAGCGCAUUCUGGAUAGCAACAAGAGAGUACAAGAAGCUGCCUGCAGUGCCUUUGCUACUCUAGAAGAGGAGGCUUGUACAGAGCUUGUUCCUUAUCUUGCAUAUAUACUUGACACUUUGGUCUUCGCAUUUAGCAAAUACCAGCAUAAAAACCUGCUCAUUCUUUAUGAUGCUAUAGGAACUCUAGCAGAUUCUGUAGGACAUCAUCUAAAUAAACCAGAAUAUAUUCAGAUGCUAAUGCCUCCAUUAAUCCAGAAGUGGAACAUGUUGAAGGAUGAAGAUAAAGAUCUUUUCCCUUUAUUAGAGUGCCUGUCGUCAGUUGCUACUGCCUUGCAAUCUGGCUUCCUUCCAUACUGUGAACCUGUGUACCAGCGUUGUGUAAAUCUGGUGCAGAAGACUCUUGCACAAGCCAUGUUGCACAAUGCUCAGCCAGACCAAUAUGAGGCUCCAGAUAAAGAUUUCAUGAUUGUGGCUCUUGAUUUACUCAGUGGUUUAGCUGAAGGACUUGGAAGCAACAUUGAACAGCUAGUGGCUUGCAGCAAUAUCCUGACACUAAUGUACCAAUGCAUGCAGGAUAAAAUGCCUGAGGUACGGCAGAGUUCUUUUGCAUUGUUAGGUGAUCUGACAAAGGCGUGUUUUCAGCAUGUUAAACCUUGCAUCGCUGAUUUCAUGCCCAUUUUGGGAACAAAUCUAAACCCUGAAUUCAUUUCUGUGUGUAACAAUGCCACCUGGGCAAUUGGAGAAAUCUCCAUUCAGAUGGGUAUAGAGAUGCAGCCUUAUAUUCCAAUGGUGUUGCACCAGCUUGUAGAAAUAAUUAACAGACCCAACACACCAAAGACAUUGUUAGAGAACACAGGUAACCGGAAACUUAACCAUUUAUGGUGCACCUCUCUGCGAAACAUAAGAGACAAUGAGGAAAAGGAUUCAGCAUUCCGUGGGAUAUGUACCAUGAUCUCAGUCAAUCCCAGUGGAGUAGUCCAAGACUUUAUUUUUUUUUGUGAUGCUGUUGCAUCAUGGAUUAGCCCAAAAGAUGAUCUCCGAGACAUGUUCUGUAAG